GUCUCAGACUCUCAUGGAUCUCUCGCCGCACAACCCUGGAUCCUCCUAGACAGCGUGCUCCGAACCCAAGCGUCCAAUGCCCACCCGCCACCCUCUCUCUCUCCUCCUCCACCCGCGGUCGCCGUUGCCUCACAUCAAGCAAGUCCACGCCCAGCUCGUCGCCGCCGGCCUUGCCGGCGACGGCUUGGCCGCCGGUCCCCUCCUCGCCGCCUGCUCCCUCUCCCCCUCCUCUCCCCUGGACUACGCCCUCGCCGUCUUCGACCGCAUCGCCUAUGCCGGCGCCUUCGCCCGCAACACCAUCAUCCGGGGAUUCGCCGAGCGCGGCGAACCCCGCCACGGUAUCGCCCUCUACGCGCGGUUCGCCUCCCUAGGCGCCGCCCCGAACAACUACUCCUUCCCUUUCGUUCUCAAGUCCUGCGCCCGAGCUGCCGCUCUCCCGGAGGGCGAGCAGAUCCACGGGCACGCGCUGAAGCUCGGCUUCGCAGCCGACGUUUUCGUCGCCAAUGCACUGGUCCAUUUCUAUGGCUGCUGCGGGAGGACUGCCGCUGCUUGCCAAGUGUUUGAUGGAAUUCCUCAUCGGGACGUUGUCUCUUGGAACGCUUUGCUCGCGGUUUAUGUUAAGGACGGCCAAAUCGAUGAGGCUCGCCUAUUGUUUGAUGGAAUCCCUCGGAAGGAUGAGGUUUCUUGGAGUACUCUGGCAUCUGGGUACGUCCGAAACGGCCUCCUGGAAGAAGGAUUAAUGGUGUUCGAUUCGAUGAGAGAGAGUGGCGCUCCGGCAAAUGAGGCCUUAGUUGUUACGGUGUUAUCGGCUACCGCCCAGCUCGGUAUGCUGGAGAAGGGGCAGAGCAUUCAUGAUUACAUCAAAUCCUCUGGAAUCCCAAUAAGCAACAUCCUCGCCACGGCUUUGAUCGAUACGUAUAUGAGGUGUGGCAGCGUGGAUCGUGCACACCAAGUGUUUGUUUCAUCGAUACACAGAGGCGUCUCGGCUUGGAACGCUAUGAUUUGCGGCCUAGCAAUCCAUGGCCACGGCCGAGACGCUCUAAACCUUUUCAACAGCUUCCUAGGUCAAGGACUUCAGCCAGAUAAGAUCACGUUUGUGGGCCUGUUGAGCGCAUGCAGCCACUCAGGUUUGGUUGAAGAUGGAAGGCUCUGCUUCAAGUCCAUGAGAGAAGGCUAUGGAAUUGAACCGGAAAUGGAGCAUUAUGGGUGCAUGGUAGACCUUCUGGGUCGUGCCGGAAUGGUGUACGAAGCAGAAGCUCUGAUCAAAGAAAUGCCUGGUUCACCAGAUCCAGUCAUCUGGGGAAUGCUUCUUAAUGCAUGUAGGAUUCAUGGAAACACUGACCUGGGUGAAAGGAUUGGGAAGAUGCUUCUAAACUUGCAACCUUACCAUGAUGGCAACUACGUGCUUUUAUCGGGCAUCUACGCUAGGGAGAAGCGAUGGGGUGAUGUCCUCCAAGUAAGGGAGUUGAUGAAAGAUAGACUUACAACGAAAGUUCCUGGCUGGAGCUUGAUAGAGGCUGAUGGUAGAGUACACAGGUUUGUUAUGGGAGAUAGAGAACAUCCCAGGUCUGGUGAGAUCCACAUGAUGUUGAAUGAGAUCCAAAGGAGGUUAAAAUGUGCUGGUUACGUGCCUAAUACAUCGCCAGUUUUACAUGACAUUGAGGAUGAGGAGAAGGAGCAUGUUAUAGCAGAGCACAGUGAGAGGUUGGCCAUGGCAUUUGGACUGAUUGUGAUAGACCCAGGAUGUCCGAUUCGCAUCAUAAAGAACCUGCGAGUUUGUUGGGACUGCCAUGAAGUUAUCAAGAUGAUCUCAGAGGUGUUUGACAGAGAGUUGAUCAUCAGGGAUGGGAGUAGGUUUCACCAUUUCAAAUUGGGGAGGUGUUCAUGUCUCGAUUACUGGUGAUCGAGAAUCUCUUAUAGCAUGCUCUUCCUACUGAGUCACUGGCGCAGAUCAACAACUUCUGCUCCUUCCGUUUUAAAUGAGCAAUGAUGCGUGGAACAGGAUAGAAUCCAGAAGACAGAUUGAUUUGUCAUCACAGUCCAACAAGCUCAACUAUAGAUGUGGGUCGAAAAAUGAUGAUGAAGGAGAUUCUGGAGAGGAAUUUUGAGAGAUCUGGUGGUGCCGACAAAUUUCUAUCGUGACAACUUUCAAUCUCACAGCUACUGGGCCAUGGAGCCUUCCUUUAUGUUGGUGCCACCCCUUCCUUCCCGUCUUCUUCAACAUAUGCAGAAAAGUUAAUUCAUAUCAUGGGUCAUCUCUAAAUGCCAAAUUUGAAAACCGGGUAGCACGAAAAUUUAGGCAUGUUGAGAGGAGAGAGAGCACAAACAGAGAAGCAGUGGAAAUCUCGGUCCAGUUGAACUCCAGAAGGUCGGAUGUAACAGCAAACAGCCAGGCAAUUUCUUUACUUGAUUGACCUGAAAA